UAUUAUAUAUAUAGUUUAAAAUGCAUAGUGACUAUAUCAGUCUUUAGGUAUAAAUAGUUACAGUAUCUUUUGUCAAUUUGAUUACAUCAUUACAGCAACUUUCAGAGUUGAGAGAAUGUUGGAUCAUGAGAAAUUGCUAUAAACAUUCUUAUGGGAAUCAUUUUGGGUCUAGGAAACGUUGAUUUUUUAGCGUUCUAAUAAUGUGUGUUAUAUCAUCUCUUGAGAAGUUUUCAGAAAUUCUGAGAAAAAUGGACAGCAGAAAAGGGUUAGAUAGAUAGGAAGAAAUAUCUAAUAAUUUGGAGAGCUGUUCAAGACCUAAUCUCAAGAUAUAGAGCUGCUAUAUUCAAAUUUGUUUGAUCUUUUGAUAUUUUUCAAUUCUGUAUGAAGGCAUUAAUGGUUUUUUCCUGCUUUGCCUUUUAAUAUGUCACUUGAGCAGAUAUUUGUCCUCUAACUAGCAAGUAGAAUUGAUUCUAUGGUUGCUUCAUCAUAAUUUUUGAUGCAGAAUAAUGGUAGAUAUAUUCACGCUUGUUUUUCGUUGGAUACUUAUUGAUUACUACAUCGCUGAACAUUUAAGGAAAGAAUCACUCAAUUCUAACAUGUUUAGAAGAGUUUCUUUCGAUUUGGCACAUGGACAGUGAGAAUGACCUCACUGUGUUUGUUCCCUGGCACACCAAAGGUUUGCUGCAGAUGUUAGUACAGCAGAACUUGUUCGCUAAGAUGACCCAUUAUGGAACUCUAGCUGAUUAAGCAGAUGUUAAUGGACAAUUGCAUGUCCAUUAUUACUUCUUUGACCAUAUUACCAACUCAACUCAAUUGUACUUGCUUUUCAAAUAAGACCAACCUGUCAAUAAAGAAACCGGACAUCAAGUUUCAGAUGAUUGGUAGAGAUUACAGGGAAAUGCAAAAAGGAGGGAAGAGAUGAGACGCACAUUGUCAAAUAAUCUGAAAUGUUAAGAAUUGUGGAAAUUGUGAGUUUCAUAAGGAGUUUUAGACAAGGUACACUAUAUCCCCCAUUCUGUUUUUUCCUUUUUCGUUUUAAACUUAGAUUUGCUUUACUUCUUUGGGUCUUCAUUUCUUUCCAUGCAAAAUUCCUGAAAGUCAAAAGGAAGAUUAGAAGCUAGCCAUUUUACCACUAAAGAAACUGAGCCCCAAGAAGUUAAUUCAGCUUACCCAAGAUUACAUCUUUGGUUAGGGCCAAACCUAAGACAGGGACAGACUCUGUUUUCUUCAUUUCUCACUAAACUGUAUCACUACAGUUUAAACUUCUUUCUACCACUACUAGCAUUCUGUGCCUUCAGGAGGAAUUUUCAGUCCCUUCACUUUCCUGAUGCCUGGGAAUUCUUUUUAAGUUAUGACUAACAACGUAUAAAACAUGAGUCAAAAGUUAGUCCCUAAUAAAGUCAUUGUGACUUUAAUGACUUCGGCAGUUGUUUCAUUCUGCAAAAACAGGAAGAUCCCACACAAUAAGGCGCCUGUCUCACAGCUGGGCUCCUGCGUAGACGGCCACCCACAAGAGUAACUAACUGCUGGGGCUGUCUUCCUCUCUUUGACACCUUUUUAUUCUCUGUUCUUACAGUUCUCUCCUACUGACCUCAUCCUGAGAUUAUCCAUGAGAGGAAGGUACCUGCUUUAGCUUUUCUUUGAUAGGGUAAAGAAUAGUUUUAUUCACUUAAGAUUCACUCCUAAGUGAUUUUCAGGUCACCCUCAACAGGCCUAAAUUAGUCUUAGAAGGAGCUCUUUCAUGGGCUUUAUACUAGCUUCCUGUAUUAUCACUCUUCUGGAUUGUUUUAUUCUCAAAACAUAAAAUCGCCAAAUUUUAGAUUUAAGAAGAGCCUGCGAUCAUUCCAGUUCACUCCACCUAUGUGAUUAGUUUAAGAACUCAUUACCAAGAUGGUGCCUAUCUUGCCUGCAGAUCUUUGCAUAAAGCUCAAACUAAUUCUCCCACAAGAAAUACAGGAAAGUGAAGAAGUGUCCUAUCAUUUCAGAAGAAACUGGCUUGGAUGAAAUAAUCUCUGUAUGCAGUGUUGAAACUAAAGAAAAAUUGAAGCCAUCAAACAAACAAAAUGUUCCUAUCAAGUGUAACUGAAUUUUAGCUUUUAUUACCUAUUCUCUACUUCUAAAAUAACUUUUCGCUAUUAAAGGAACUUAUUCCAAAAAUCAGACAAUUUUAUAGAAAAGGUAUAUUCUAGGCGAAUAAUAUUAAAUCACUUACCUAGAAAAUAUACCUUCUUCCCUUUUCAAAAAAUAGCUGCAAUUUCUAGCAGUAUAUGUGAAUCUAGUGUUGGGCCUAAGCUUAAGAAGGCAUUGGAGGAAUUUUUUAUUACUAAGAGUUCAUUCACAAACUUUGCUUGUCUGUGUUGAAAAGUGGCAUUGGCCAUUUCCUCUGGGGACAUUAUUUCUAGGUAGGCUGUAACAGGGUUUUCCUGUGAAGGCAGAUUCUUAGGGAAAAUAGUAUCUGUGUGCAUGAGAUGGUAGAGACACAUUUAUCUUUAAAAUAAAUGUUCCUAUUUGUGAAUUUCUCUACUGCAUUUAAUAAAGUAAAUAACGCCCAUUUCCUUUCAAUCCAGUAACUCCUUGGGACACAGUUUUACCCAGGAGCUAUUUUACCUUUGAGUCUGGAUGAAACAUGUAACUUAAUAAACUCCAAAAGUCUUACACUAUAAAACUCUGAGGGAUGAUACAUGCUUCCCUUCCUUUGUUAUGGUCUGAAGCAUUUUCAAUCUGAGUUGUUUUCCUCAGUCAUGUAGAGGGAGUUUUGUUUUCUGGGAAGUCUUGGUUGCUGGUAAAUAAUGUGUCCAAACUGUAGGAGGCAGCCACAAAAUUUAUCAUACAAGUAUGAAAGGUUAGGGUUGAAAGGCUGAGAUCCUAAAAUCAUGCAUCAUUUUCAUUUUACACAUGAGAGGUGAUGUAACUACACAGGAGAGUGAGAGCCGAGAAUGAAAAGUCAAGAUUCGUCUACUACAUAGUGGCUGCCUCUGGCUCAACAGAAACACUCCCGUGUGGGAGCCAGUUGCUGAAAACCCAACUAAGCCUAGCUCCUCAACUGUCUCCUCAGGCUUCACUUCAAAUAUAAUUCAUAUCUAUUCUAUUUCUUAAUGUGUCUCAUCACACAGUUAAACGCUAGUCAUACUAACUCGACUCUACAUAUACUAGAAUGUAAAAGAUACCCUUCCACCCCCCGCUGUCUGCUCCUUGAAGGCCAUGUCUGCCUUUCUUAGUUUGUACAGAGCCCAACAUAAAUGGGCCCUUCAUACGUGCUUUUUGAUGAGAGCAAUGAUUGCCUUCACGUCAGUGUGGUUGGGCCCUCCCUUAUGGAGGAGGAAAACCAACAGUUGUUGCUAAGCAACAUUUAAAGGACUAGGUUAGUUUCUGACACUAAGUGACCUCCAUUUGCAUACUUCGCCAUGUUGUGUGUUUUAUGAUUGCCUUAAGAUGACUUUGUUUUUUGGUGGCAUUGCUAUAUGCCCUUAGCAAAAGGCUCCUAGGAGAACUAGUUUAGGCCUGGAAAGGAGGAAGGUGAUAUUCAUCUGUUAAUGACUUACAUGAGUACGCUGAUCCUUUCAGUAAACCAUGCAGGAAAGGUGAGGAGUUUGGUUUAUUUUCAGCCCUGCAGCUGAGAGCCACCUCCCUGUCCCCAUAUUGAAAGUGACUGACAAUGUAUCCCAACAGGGUCCUGUGGCAGUGGGAGGCUAUAGGAAGAAAAUAAACAGAGAAGUCUUUCCUCUUAUAGCCUUUUAUGAUUCAAUUUCUACCUGCUCCUAUCUUCUGAGCAGAGAUGCUGAUAUAGCUAAUAAAGAACUGGCCCCACCCUCUCCAGACUGUUUGCUGUUGUGGUUAAACAACGUGCCCUAAUAUAUCUAUUCCUACUAGAAUGAAAGCUGAUUAAAAGCAUGAAAAGAGUUUUUGUUUGUUCCUUUGUUUUUUUCACUGCUAUAUCAUCACUCUUUUCGCUGGUCAUUUUAGGUAUUCAAUAAAUGGUUGACAAAUAAGUGGAAAAAAAGGGGAUUAUUGAACUAAUACCAACCUGAUUGACUCUAAAACAUUCCUAAGUGUUUCAGAGAGACUAAAGAAGCCAAAAUGAGACAAUUGUUUGAAUGUUAUAUUUGCCUAAGUCUAGUGCAGAGAAAAUUAUGGAAGAAAUCAUCUGUCUCUAAGCUUUUUACAAGAUAUUUUUACAGUGAUUCAAGUAAAGUUUACUUCUUUGCCAAAAUUCAGCGUAUUGGUCAGAGCAAUAAACUUGUCUUCUUCAGCUUCUGAGUCUUCAGCCUAAGUACCUGUCUUUUAAGGAUUUAAGAUGAGAGGCCAUUGUGAUGGAGCAGUUGUGUCUUUAAAACUAAAUAAUUUGGAAGUCAUGCGAUUCACAGAUUCACCUGGGGUUCAAAAUUGCACAGAGGUUCAAUAAGUAAAAUACGCUAGCUGAGAUGAUUGAUUCAGAGAUGCCUGGUUACUAACAUAUUGUAUCAUGGGAAACACACCCACAAACACAAGUAGGGUUACCCAAAAAGAGGGUGAUUGGACAUCUUUGAGAACAAUGCAUGGUGCAGUGAGCCAGCAGGCAGAAAUACUGACUUGCAUUGGCUUCACCUCCAAAAGCCAGGUCUCCUAGGCACAGGCCAUGGCGUAACCCGGGCUUGGAUACUUGAAAUAAAGCUAUUGUUGGAUGCUGAUGCUCAUUUGAAAGGGGAAUGCCUCACAGGAAAAAAAGCCAAUUGCAAGUCAGGGUUGUUGCCAUGGUGCUUUGCUACUCCUUCAACUUGCUAUAAAUGAAAUUAUGGGAGUACAGGGGUAGGAUAACAGAGGGGAGAGAUGAGGAGGGAAAUGGGAUGAGCCUGGGGCAGGGAAUCCCACUGCAGUAAAGCUCUAGUGUUUCCCCUUGCCUGUACUCUAAUGCUGACAAGGAGAAGGGAGGGGCUGGGAAGAAGGGAGAGAGAAACAUGCAGGGAAGAAAUGACUUUCUCAACAUGCCCUGGAUGGCUAAAAUAAAAUAAAAAUUAAUUUAAAUCCUCAGAUUUCUAAUGUGAGUUAGAAGAGGUAACACUAAAUCUCAAACAAUUCACCAUUCUUUCAGUUAUGACUGUUCAUAUUUCCUAACACGCUCUGGAUCCUAGAUGGAAAGGUUAAAAGAGUUUAAUACAUUUGUCGAAUGCAAUCUAAUAUGCAUAUCAAUGAGCUAAUGGAGGGCAGAAACUUACAUGCUGCAUAGGAAGUACUUUUCAAAUGAAAUAAAUUAAUUCCAUUCCCAUUCAUUUUACUAUGAAAGAGGCUAAAUGCAUUGGCACACGCUUGGUGUGCGACAAAUAAUCCUCCAAAAAGCUAGUUCACAAAAAUUAUUGUGUACCGGCAGCCUAGUCUGAAAACAGCCACGGUCCUAACCUUUUUUAAAUGUUUGUUUAAAUGUUCAGAAAGUCGAUUCAUCAAAUGCAUCAUCACUUUGAUCCAUUAGAGCAGCUGGAUUUUUGUGCAGAGGCUGCAUCUGCAGAAUUCUGGUCUGCAGUGGAGAGAGAGGGUUAAGGAACACCUAGUUAAAAUGGGGGAGGGUACCGACUUCAGAUUUACUUAAAUAUUCAUGGAGCUUCCUCCAUUUUAAUCUUCUCCUUUUUAAAAGAUGGCUGUGUUUCCUAGUCUGGCAACUCCUCAGGAAAGAAGAAUUGCUUCUUCCUUGCAGAGUUCGGCUGAGUAGGACUAAUGUAGAAGAGUGGAAACCCCUUCGGCCACCAGGACUAUUCAUAAUUCAUAAGUGCUUCAAACCAGCCAGCUGAAUACAUUUGGACAGGCUCUUGCUCCUUCGUGCAAUUCCUGAUUUCAUUGCUCUCUUCUGCCAGGAAAUAAGCAGGGAGCAUAGGCUUCUUGCAAGAAUGGAGUGCGAAGAUGGGCUUUGUUUGGCUUAGGAAAUGCCAUACAUUUUGGAGGUUUUGUCUUUUCUAAGUUUUGAUUAUUUUAUCACUGGAUCUGCAGGGCUUUCCUGAUCCUUUCGGGAUUGCUCUCUCAGAACCGUGAAUUCUUUCAAAGGGAUUUGUGGAUUGUGGCAAAGAGAGCAUUCCAAAAUGCCUGAGGCAAAUUAUUUGUUAUCUGUAUCUUGGGGUUACAUCAAGUUCAAAAGAAUGCUGAACCGGGAGCUGACACACCUCUCAGAGAUGAGCCGGUCAGGGAACCAGGUGUCUGAAUACAUUUCAAAUACUUUCUUAGACAAGCAGAAUGAUGUGGAGAUCCCAUCUCCCACCCAGAAAGACAGGGAGAAAAAGAAAAAGCAGCAGCUCAUGACCCAGAUAAGUGGAGUGAAGAAAUUAAUGCAUAGUUCAAGCUUAAACAAUACAAGCAUCUCACGCUUUGGAGUCAACACUGAAAAUGAAGAUCACCUGGCCAAGGAACUGGAAGACCUGAACAAAUGGGGUCUUAACAUCUUUAAUGUGGCUGGAUAUUCCCACAAUAGGCCCCUAACAUGCAUCAUGUAUGCUAUAUUCCAGGAAAGAGACCUCCUGAAGACAUUCAGAAUCUCAUCUGAUACAUUUAUAACCUACAUGAUGACUUUAGAAGACCAUUACCAUUCCGACGUGGCAUAUCACAACAGCCUGCAUGCUGCUGAUGUAGCUCAGUCAACCCACGUUCUCCUUUCUACACCAGCAUUAGACGCUGUCUUCACAGAUUUGGAAAUCCUGGCGGCCAUUUUUGCAGCUGCCAUCCAUGACGUUGAUCAUCCUGGAGUCUCCAAUCAGUUUCUCAUCAACACAAAUUCAGAACUUGCUUUGAUGUAUAAUGAUGAAUCUGUGUUGGAAAAUCAUCACCUUGCUGUGGGUUUCAAACUGCUGCAAGAAGAACACUGUGACAUCUUCAUGAAUCUCACGAAGAAGCAGCGUCAGACACUCAGGAAGAUGGUUAUUGACAUGGUGUUAGCAACUGAUAUGUCUAAACAUAUGAGCCUGCUGGCAGACCUGAAGACAAUGGUAGAAACGAAGAAAGUUACAAGUUCAGGCGUUCUUCUCCUAGACAACUAUACUGAUCGCAUUCAGGUCCUUCGCAACAUGGUGCACUGUGCAGACCUGAGCAACCCCACCAAGUCCUUGGAAUUGUAUCGGCAAUGGACAGACCGCAUCAUGGAGGAAUUUUUCCAGCAGGGAGACAAAGAGCGGGAGAGGGGAAUGGAAAUUAGCCCAAUGUGUGAUAAACACACAGCUUCUGUGGAAAAAUCCCAGGUUGGUUUCAUCGACUACAUUGUCCAUCCAUUGUGGGAGACCUGGGCAGAUUUGGUACAGCCUGAUGCUCAGGACAUUCUCGAUACCUUAGAAGAUAACAGGAACUGGUAUCAGAGCAUGAUACCUCAAAGUCCCUCACCACCACUGGACGAGCAGAACAGGGACUGCCAGGGUCUGAUGGAGAAGUUUCAGUUUGAACUGACUCUCGAUGAGGAAGAUUCUGAAGGACCUGAGAAGGAGGGAGAGGGACACAGCUAUUUCAGCAGCACAAAGACGCUUUGCGUGAUUGAUCCAGAAAACAGAGAUUCCCUGGGAGACACUGACAUAGACAUUGCAACAGAAGACAAGUCCCCAGUUGAUACAUAAUCCCCCUCUCCCUGUGGAGAUGAACAUUCUCCCCUUGAUGAGCAUGCCAGCUAUGUGGUAGGGCCAGCCCACCAUGGGGGCCAAGACCUGCACAGGACAAGGGCCACCUGGCCUUUCAGUUACUUGAGUUUGGAGUCAGAAUGCAAGAUCAGGAAGCAAAGAGCAGCUCAGGAAAUCCCACGGUUGACUUGCCUUGCUGGCAAGCUUGGUGGAGAGGGCUGAAGCUGUUGCUGGUGGCCGGUUCUGAGCAAGACACAUGGCUUGAAAAUGGAAGACACAAAACUGAGAGAUCGUUCUGCACUAAGUUUCGGGAACUUAUCCCCGAUAGUGACUGAACUCACUGACUAAUAACUUCAUUUAUGAAUCUGCUCACUUGUCCCUUUGUCUGCCAACCUGUGUGCCUUUUUUGUAAAACAUUUUCAUGUCUUUAAAAUGCCUGUUGAAUACCUAGAGUUUAGUAUCAACUUCUACACAGACAAGCUUUCAAAGUUGACAAACUUUUUUGACUCUUUCUGGAAAAGGGAAAGAAAAUAGUCUUCCUUCUUUCUUGGGCAAUAUCCUUCACUUUACUACAGUUACUUUUGCAAACAGACAGAAAGGAUACACUUCUAACCACAUUUUACUUCCUUCCCCUGUUGUCCAAUCCAACUCCACAGCCACUCAUAACUUCUCUCUGUUUGCUUGCCUUCAACAAUACUUUUUCUCCUCUGGAGUUUAACUUUUUGCUGUAAACAGAAUAAAAUUUAACAAAUUAGGGGGUAGAAAGGAGCAGUGGUGUCGUUCACCAUAAGAGUGUGCAUAGCACUAAGCAGUGUGCCCUGCUGUGUCUUGGACCCUGCCCCUGACAGGAGUUGUACAGUCCCUGGCCCUGUUCCCUACCUCCUCUUUUCACCCAGUUACGCUGUUUUCAAUGUAAUGCUGCCGUCCUUCUCUUGCACUGCCUUCUGCGCUAACACCUCCAUUCCUGUUUAUAACCGUGUAUUUAUUACUUAAUGUAUAUAAUGUAAUGUUUUGUAAGUUAUUAAUUUAUAUAUCUAACAUUGCCUGCCAAUGGUGGUGUUAAAUUUGUGUAGAAAACUCUGCCUAAGAGUUACGACUUUUUCUUGUAAUGUUUUGUAUUGUGUAUUAUAUAACCCAAACAUCACUUAGGAGAGACAUACGGCCCCCUUGGCAGAGAGGACAGGGGUGGGCUUUUGUUCACAGGGUCUGCCCUUUCCCUGCCUGAGUUGCUACUUCUGCACAACCCCUUUAUGAACCAGUUUUGGAAACAAGAUUCUCACAUUAGAUGCUAAAUGGUUUAUACUGAGCUUUUACUUUUGUAUAGCUUGAUAGGGGCAGGGGGCAAUGGGAUGUAGUUUUUACCCAGGUUCUAUCCAAAUCUGUGCGGGCAUGAGUUGGGUUAUAACUGAGUCCUACUAUCAUUGUGGCUUUGGUUCAAAAAGCAACACUACAUUUGCUCACAGAUGAUUCUUCUGAAUGCUCCCAAACUACUGACUUUGAAGAGCUAGCCUCCUGCCUGCCAUUAAGCAGGAAUGUCGUGUUCCAAUUCAUUACAAAAGAAAACAAUAAAACAAUGUGAAUUUUUAUAAUAAAAUGUGAACUGAUGUAGCAAAUUAUGCAAAUGUGAAGCCUCUUAUGAUAACACUUGUUAGGCCUCUUACUGAUGUCAGUUUCAGUUUGUAAAAUAUGUUUCAUGCUUUCAGUUCAGCAUUGUGACUCAGUAAUUACAGAAAAUGGCACAAAUGUGCAUGACCAAUGGGUUUGUGUGUCUAUGAACACUGCAUUGUUUCAGGUGAACAUUUGAUCGUUUUCAAACGUUUCUCACAAUGUAUGUUAUAGUAUUAUUAUUAUAUAUUGUGUUCAAAUGCAUUCUAAAGAGACUUUUAUAUGAGGUGAAUAAACAAAAGCAUGAUUA